AUGAAAAAGCCCUAUCGCCCAUCAAUCUUAAACGGGUUAAAGGAACGGUUAGAAGACCAGUUUCAGAAGAACGAAGGUCACGUGUUGGAAUAUAAGGAAUUAAAAGCUCAGACAAAUAUUGAGGUGCCAACCCAUGUAAAGCCUUCUAUUUAUUUUUACUUCAACAAGAACUUCAAUGCAACUGAAAAACUCUCUGUUACAGAUGCAGUGAAGGCAAAGUCAGUGUCGGUGAUAGCGGGAGAUUCAGUCACUCUAAACACAGAUGUUACUGUACUGCAGGCAGAUGUUCUGAUAACAUGGACAUUUGGAAAUCCAGAAACUCAAAUAGCUGAAAUCUAUAAAAAGGCUGUGAGCUUAUCUCCAUCUGAUGUUCUUGAUGGGAGAUUCAGAGACAGACUGAAGCUGGAUCAGACUGGAUCUCUGACCAUCACAGACACCAGAACCACAGAUUCUGGACUUUAUAAAGUAAACAUCAAAGGCAACACAGAGACCACAUACAGAUUCAAUGUUACUGUCUAUGCUCGUCUGCUUGUUCCUGUCAUCAGCAGUAACUCUUCACAAUGUUCUUCAUCAUCAUCGCAGCAGAAUUGUUCAUUGUUGUGUUCAGUGGUGAAUGUGAGUCAUGUGACUCUCUCCUGGUACAAAGGAAACAGUUUAUUGUCCAGCAUCAGUGUGUCUGAUCUCAGCAUCAGUCUCUCUCUACCUCUGGAGGUGGAAUAUCAGGAUAACAACACCUACAGCUGUGUGCUCAACAAUCCCAUCAGCAACCAGACGAGACACCUGGACAUCAGUCAACUCUGUCACACAUGUGCAGAAGUCCACAUCUAUUGCUGUGGUUUUGCUGAAGCUGUGAUCCGAUUGGCCGUCUCUGCUCUGGUGGGUGUGGCUACUGUGGCUGUUCUGGUUUAUGACAUCAGAUCCACAAGAGGAGGAGACAAGAAGCAGAUAUCAUACAUAUUAUCAUGACAUAUCUUCAAGUUCUGUAAAGAUUAAAAUAUAUACAAAGAUUUAAUUUCAAAUACAGUUAUCAAUAAUAUCAACAAGAGGAUAGGUAUCAUUUGUUUUAUACUGUACUUUGAUUAAUCGUAUUAUUCUCAUCAUAGAAUGUUGUUUAUGCUUUGUGUAGUGUAUAGUUGUAUUUAAAUGUCUGAUCUGAAUAGAUUAAAUAUUAUAGUGCAAUCUGUGAUGUUUGAUGACCUCUAGCGUUCAGUUUGAGGAACUGCAGACACAUUUCACGCCGGUAUGAUGCGGUUUGGGCUUCAUGAGUAGGCUACUGCAAGUAUUUAAGCUAAUAUGUGAACCAAAAAGAGAGUCUAAUAAAGUGAC